AUAUGAAGUUCAACGAAUUUUUUAGUAUAAAAGUUGGUAUAAUUUCGUAUUCGGAAUCAGAAUCAAGUCAACACUUCUUGAGUGUGUCUAGUAGCGAUACAGCAAAUCCUUUUCUUUUACUUCUCAAAUCCUUCUUCGCUUUAAUCAGCAAACAUGAAGUUCGUUGUUGCCGUAGUCAUGUUGGCUCUUGCCGUCGGUGUUAACUCUUCCCUGCUGCCACUAACCGCUCAAAUUGCUCCAGCUGUGUCGUAUGUGACCUCUUCAUUGGGCGGUGGCCCCUUGCUAGCACAGGGCGCUUGGGGUGGCCCAACCGCUUGGGGCGGUUCAGCUGCCAUCACCGGUUUGGGUGGCCUUGGACUCGGUUUGCACGGUGGCAUCCCCGGCAUCUCACUCAGCCAAGGACCAGUAGGUGCUGCCAUCGCUGCUCCGAUUGCUGCUCCUCUGGCUUUGGGUCAUGGUGCUGGCGUGUAUGUGGCUAAGACUCGCGGCGCUAUUCAUACUGCUCCCUUGGCUGGACACAUCAACUCGGCGACUUCUUUGAACUUGGCACCUGCUCCAGGCACGCAUUAAUAUGGCUCCAAAUGCUUUUCAUCCAGAUCAACGCAUAUCCCAACAUAUCAAAAAAAAAACCCAAACAGAAAUACGUAUGGUUGCAUGCUGUCAGCAGCUAUACUUAAUACAAAUUUGACGACACUGAUAACUAAUGGAGGAUGCCACCGCACAAACUGAUUAUGUAUAUUUUAGAGCGAAAUGCAGAUUUCCGCCGUUUCUGUAGUUUCGUUUCCGAUAUCCCGCAACCCACAUCCUAAUGCACUUACCGACAUUUUUUUAUGCAACAUAUGUUUAAGGCAUAUCUAUAUUUUUUAUGUAUAAUAAAUAAUAUAAUAUGUACAUUGUACACAUAUACAUACA